GCCCUUUUUCCUCUCAUUUUCUGGUAGAGGAAUAAAAACAGAAUGCAAAGUCUCUCUUCUCCGCUCUUGAGCCGAUCAUCCUCUCUCUUCUUCUUCUUCCCCAACUCUCUCUCUAAAAAUCUCAGCAAUAUCUGUAACUUCUCUCGAUCCUUUCUUUCUCCUCGAACCUUCGCGGUAAUGGCCUCCAGCGACGACUUCGUCAAGGGAAGCGUCCUCCCGAACGGCGUCGCUCUCAUCACUCUCGACCGCCCCAAAGCCCUCAACGCCAUGAACAUAGACAUGGAUAUAAAAUACAAAAGUUUUCUUGAUGAAUGGGAAGCAGAUCCUAAGGUGAAAUGUGUUUUGGUUGAAAGCAGCUCACCACGUGCCUUUUCAGCAGGAAUGGAUAUUAAGGGUGUCGUUGCUGAAAUUCAGAAGGACAAAAGUGGUGAUGUGAAGCUGAUUACAACCAAAAAUCAAGUGUCAGAUAUGAUUGAGGUAUUUACUGCAGAAUAUUCUCUAAUAUGUAAAAUUUCCGAGUAUAAAAAGCCUUAUAUAUGCUUCAUGGAUGGAAUAACAAUGGGCUUUGGAAUUGGCUUAUCUGGUCAUGGUCGCUACCGGCUCAUCACUGAGAGGACCAUGCUUGCUAUGCCAGAAAAUGGGAUUGGCUUGUUUCCAGAUGUUGGGUUUUCUUAUAUUGCAGCACAAACUCCAGGGGAAGGAUCAGUUGGUGCUUAUCUUGGAUUGACUGGAAAAAGGAUUUCUACGCCUGCUGAUGCAGUGUAUGUAGGUCUUGGAACACACUACAUACCAUCUGGGAGAUUGGGUUUGUUAAAGGAGGAUCUCUUGGCUUCCAACUUUACUGAGGACCCACAUCAGGACAUCAAAACACUUUUAACGAAACACACCAGCAACACAGAGUCUGAGCCCCAGUUGAAGCUGCUUUUACCUCAAAUAGUUUCAUCGUUUGGUGGAAAUAGAUCUAUUAGUGAGACUAUAGAAGAGCUAAAAAAGCAUGAGCAGAGCACUGAUGCCUCAGUGGCAGAGUGGGCCAAGGAUGCCCUUGUGGGGCUUGGGAAAGGUGCGCCAUUUUCUCUCGUCUUAACACAGAAGUAUUUCUCUAAAGUUGCAUCUGCACACGCCAAGAGUGACAAUGAUCUAUCCAGUUUAAGUGGCGUAAUGAAGACUGAAUAUCGCAUUGCCAUAAGGUCUUCCCUUCGAAAUGAUUUUGCCGAAGGGGUCCGUGCUGUCUUGGUGGACAAGGAUCAGAACCCGAAGUGGAAGCCGGGCAGCAUCGAGGAAGUUAAUCCAACAGAGGUGGAAGCACUCUUUGAGCCACUGGCCCCAGGAAUUGAGGAACUAAAAGUCUGAACUUAAGUCGGUUUGUCACUUCUUUUGUUCGGAAAUAAUGUGUUGAUUGUAUAAACAUAGGUCUACGACCUGUAGAAAUAAGUCGGUUUUAAGGGUUUGUUUUAGCAUGGUUGUGCUGUUAAAGCACAAUUCUUUUUUGUUAAAAAAUUAUAAAACUAGUACUUGGUUAAGAAUAUCUUUGCUUUUAGAGAAAUGUAAAACUUCUAAAAAUUGCAGAUUAAGCACUUUCAAAACAA